AUGAUAUUUGAACUCUUCGUCGCGGCGACAGUAGCGAUAACGGUGUUCAGCGUCCUCUUCAGCGCCCCUCUGUACAUUGCGGUGAUGGUAAUUAUAAUCAAAUACCGGCGAAAACCGCCAUUCAACUCCUCCUUUUACUCGAUUUUUCUCGCUUCAGGAGUGGUCGAUCUCAUGUAAGUCUCGUAAAAAAUCGAUAGCGUUCUUAGAUGUUAUUUGCUCUACGCCUUAAUCAAGAAACCAAUCUUCUGGGGCAUAAUUUACCCUCCGUACGACGGAUUCGACAAGCCCAACCUUGCUGCCAAACUUUCGUUACUCACAAUAUGGCUCUUCGGUAGGGUUAGCUUUUCGUUAAUCAGGCUUUAGCACUCCUGCAAUACGAGUACAUGUGCCUUCUCACGCUCAAUCGCUUUGUCGGUAUAUGCCUUCCGGACUUCUACUUCAAAGUAAGAUUUAACGUUUCCCUGUGGGGGCAAUGUAUAUACGAAUCUAUCGUACGAUGGAACAACAAUCGUAGAUGGGGAAAGGGGUGUUUGGACAACCGCUCCUCCAGAGACAGGCAGAAUUUUAGAAUGAAGAUUUAUUGUCAGCACACACCGAGAGAGAAAAUGAGAUAUUUUCGGAUAAUUGGUGACAAGACGUUCCUUUUAUAUGAGUUGGUUUAUGCUAAUUUCUCUAGGAAUUGUGGAGACCUUUGAGGCACAAUUUUCGAACGAAGAUUUAAUGUCAGCAUACACCGGGUUUUCGAGCUCCAGUAUCCCUUCAUGGUGUUGGUGUUCACAUUCAGGCCGUCGUGGUCAAUACUAUUAAAAAUGCAUCAUUUUUAGCACAUCAAACCCCCAACGUUGUACAUCCAAACCCCUACGUUUUAGAUCAAACCCCGAGUUACGGUCCAAAUUCUUUCUUGUGCUUCAGGCAACGAUUAUCCGUUGUCUGGAGCCUCGGCAGCGAUUCGGUCCGAACGGUGCAUCUGACGAAUAGUGCACCUAACGAACAGGCAUAAUUUUAGAAUGAAGAUUUAUUGUCAGCACACACCGAGAGAGAAAAUGAGAUAUUUUCGGAUAAUUGGUGACAAGACGUUCCUUUUUACAUGAGUUGGUUUAUGCUAAUUUCUCUGGGAAUUGUGGAGACUUUUGAGGCUCCACAACAUGUCGGGGCAAUAGGAGCGCAACGUCGCUGCGCCAAUCGCGUCGCCGAAGUAAAACGCAAUUUGAUUUUGUCGUGAAACAAUUCGUUCUCUCGGCGGCGAUGCGAGUUUCGAUGCGACGUUGUUCAGAUGAUACUCCCGACAGACAGAUAAUAUGUAACAUAAAUGUAUUCCGUUUCAGUACUGGACCCCCACAAAUAAUCGAUUUCUGAUUGGAGUUCCAAUCGUCCUUGUGUUGGCGCUUCUUUAUCCAUGCGUUCACGCCGACUAUGCAGUAUCAGAAUACGAGAUUUUCUUCGAAGGGACGUUUCGGAAACUACACGGGGGUCCGACAACCAUAACUUCUUCGGUUGGUCAAUAUUUCUUCCGCAUUUGGGCAAUACAUGUCUACGCGUUAAUGUUCGGAGGAGUGUUGUUAUAUACCAUCAUGUAUGUCAAAGCAAGGGUGUUGUAUAAAGCGGGUUCACAAGCGACAAAAAACAGGCUGGAGCUGAAGAUGCUGAAGCAAGGAGCAAUGUUGUUCGUCUUGAACGUCUGUUUCUGUGCCGUCUUCUUCGUCAGGUAUGUAACAACUUUGUAAGCGGAAAAUACGAUUCAGGGGCUACCUGUCCGAAGCAAACUCACACUUGUACGAGUAUAUACUGUUCGUGGUGUCCGACAUCUACGACUUGUCAAGCGGUCUAAUCCUGUUUCUAACAUCCACCGAGAUCAGACGAAAGUUGCGAAACAUCCGAACACCAGGGAACUCGUUUGCUAUCCCUGUAAAGACAAGGAGUAGCGCAUUGGGAGCUGACUUCACAUCUGGCCAAUUUUCAUGA